AUGGACUGGCCCCAGCCUCAAUACGUGCUCAUCGACUUGAAGCUACAAUUCUGUCAUGUCUCCCUAUGCACUGCGCAGUGCGCAAACAAAGGUCGCAAGCGUUCCAGAGGUGCAUAUUCCCGUUUGAUCUGCAUUGGGUGCCGAGAGAGACGAAUACGGUGCGAAUUGCCCAGCGGAGUCGAAGUCCCCGAGCCGGGUGAGCUCACGACGGCCGAGACACCUUGCUACCGAUGCAAAAGAUUAGGUAUACCGUGCAAAAUCCGGCAGACUGUGUUGGGACGACCAAGUCCCGAUGGUAAGCCGGAGCCAGCAUCAGAUGCUGUACAUGCACAUGUCGGCAACAACGUUUCGCGUGUUAUCAUCGAGCUUCCUUCUCGAUCAGCGGUGGUACACAGCCAUACGUCAUCCUUACCAGAUGAGCAAAAUACAACAGAAAAUUCUACUAUUUCGCGAUUCUUCAGCAUAGACUCUUCACAGCGUUCCGCGAUUGGUCAGAAGAAUAUCAGGCAUUGGAAUUGGCAAGCUCAACUCCAUCACACGCCCCUCUCAACCGAGGCAGUCAUAAUUGUCCAAUCCCUCGAUAUCAUCCGCUUCCAAAGAGUAGAACGGGAAUGGUUUCGACACCUCCCCGCCCGCGUAGGCAACACGCAAGCUUUGGAUCUAUCCUGCAAAGCAAUGGUCGCAGCAUGUUUCUAUGCUCGAGGCGAGGCGAGAUUCACGCGCGAUGAUUGCUAUCGAGCUUUAGCGCUGGCUCUUAAUGCUGUUCGACGGAAUUUUGACCAUUCGCCUGAAAAGCUUGACGAUAACAUGCUGGCUUCGACGGCGCUGCUCGCGCAUCUGGAAGCUACUAUUCAUAAGCAUGGCAUUCCGACUCGGUUACACGUUCAUGGGUUGGCAGCUAUCUUAGCAGCGAGACCUCCUGGAUACCCAGUAACUCGACUUGCGAGGCAGAUUCUUGACUUCCACAUUUGCGAUUCCGCUAUUAUGGCAUGCAUACAAGGCACUGCCUCGCCAUUCGAAAACGUUCCCAGGUCUUACUAUGCAAAUGACAAGGAAGGCAGCAGUGGGAGCGGCCAGGCACAAUUCAAAGCUCUUGGUAGCGAGUUGUUCAUCCGUAUUCCGCGAUUGGUGGGCCUCGUCCGUUCUCAACGCAUUCAUCGCCACUCACUCGCAGAUGCGUUCACGUUAUUGGAAUCACUCCUCGCCCUGCAGGACUAUGAGACUGAGGUUCGAAUAUUGCAAAACGUCACUGUUUCCUCAUCAACAUGCCCUGGCUCCAGUUCGCCUCUACUUCGGCGAAGCUCGGAGUUUGCGUCUGUCGAUGAUUUUGAAGCACUUACCUACUAUUGGCAAAACCGUCUCAUGCUUCUUAGGUUGGAGAAUCGUCUUCAAUACCUUUGUGCGACAAACGAUACACAAGCCAGCGUCGUAGAAAACUCCGAUUCCCGUGACCUUGUUACCCCUACCCCUAGCCCCCGGGAGAACGAGGUCCGUUCUUUAGUAAAGAACAUAGUUAUGUCUAUAGAAUAUUUCGCAAGACUGCCACUUCGCAAACACCAACGACUAUCUGCCCAUGCCACGCUAGCUGUGUGGGGCGCGUGUACAGAUUGGCCGUUAGCCUUUGGAAAUGUGCAAAAUUCCGAAGACACAAAUCCUUUGUCUGAGUUAUUGCUGCGGAGAGUGAACGUUGGACUAGCUGGAAAGCCAGAUGCCGUUGUUGAGGAGAUGAAAAAUGCGCUUGGGGUAGCCGAUAUGCACACCGCGGCAGAGAUGUUCGUGGGCGGACCUCUUGAGGGCAAGUUUAUCGAACUAUAUUGUAGAGCCUCCUAACCCCCAGUUUUGGCGAUCUGGAAUGGAUUUACAGUGCAUGAAAGAACUUGUGGGAUGAUUUUCAGACCCUGGGAGCUGUAUUAGAAAGAAAUAUCACCACCCACUUAGAGAAGCAAAAUCGCGCUAUCCACCGACACAUCAGUGCUUCCCGUAAUAUUCGUAAACCGCCCCUGCCAUAACUUAUCAUUGUCAGCCGGUUCAAACCCAGCCCAACACUUCCUCCAUAACGGCUGCCUGAGAUCUGGCCGCCAAGUUACAGUCAUACAAGGGCCUCCCGACGAAGUCCCAUUCUUGUUGUUGUAAUCCGUGCACAUCUCUAUGCACUUCUCUAGCGAGUCCGUGAACUCUGUAAACGGAUAUCCCUUCGCACCUUCGCGAUACUCGUAUCUGGGUAGCCAGUUACAUCGUAUCCGAUAUGUUUGGCUUCUCUGCCCGGGCGUGGCGAGUGUUGUGUAGUUCUUUUCGUCGCUGCUUGGACAGCUUUGGUACGCGUUUACACCGUUGUCUCCGACUUUCGUUUGUAUGGCGUCUGCGGAGCUCGAUGUCGUGCUGGGAGUCUGGCUGGAGACUGCACUAGCCUGAUCUUCGGGUUGCUGAACUGUUGGACUUGAGGAUCCAGUCCUGCUUUUCUUGGAUACGAGGACUCCCGCCAAAACGCUUAUUAAGAUCAUGAGCACUGUGAUGAAAACUGCCACAAUCACCCAGAUUUUCCGCUUCCGCAACUUUUGUGUAAUCGUUUCUUUCUUCUUUGGUUGAUGCUCGAAGACUUCCUUGUCAGAUGGUGAGAUCGCGCAUUCAGGGUAGGUUGGAAAUGUGUUUCUAUGGUACACUUCUAGAUCUGAAGUUGGUGUAGGAUAUAGCGCAUUU